ACUGUAUAUGCAUUUCAAUUGGAUAUAUGUUCUACUGUGGAAUACCUUAUUUGUAUAAUGAAUAGGGGUUUAAAUAUCAUUGUUUUAAAUGAAUCACUUAGUAGACUUAAAUGACCAACUGCCAUUAAAUUGUCACUACCAGAUGGGACUGCUGCCAACCAGUUGCAAACAAGAAUAUAAAUGAGGUGACAACAUAGGUCUGUGUGUAUGUGUGUAUGUGUCCUGAACGAACAUGGACACUGAUCAAAGAGAGGGUUGGAUUAGUGAAACCUAUUUAUUUCAAACCCAGAGCCUCAGCAUCAGGCUGGCAGUCCCAUCACCACAGGCAACUGGAUAAUGGCCCAGAUUUACAGCAGCACUGAUGAGCACUUGGAGGUCUUCACCACUGUCUUCUCCUCCAAAGCAUGCAGUCACACAAGAAUGAAACAUGACCCACAGCAAGUAAAAAGCGAGAGGGUGGUAGCAGUGGUUGACUACAAGCCCCACUGGUCAGAUGAGUUAGUCCUGUGCCAGGGUGAUGUCAUCCAUGUCCUCUACAAAGAUAAUGAAGUGUGGUGGUUUGGACGCCUGAAGAAUGGGCAGCAGGGAUACUUCCCAUCUGCUUACGUCGUAACACAGAACAAAAUUAAUGAAGAGAAAUGUCCAAGUUUGCAGUCCCCCAGCAGGCAGUCAGAGAGACUGUCUGUGUCUGACGCACAUGGAUUCAGAACAGUCAAAAGAAAACCUUCUAUUUUUGAUAAAUCUGAGCCUUCACCUAUCAUCAUCAGCUCAUUAAAAAGGAGUUUUAUCCACAAGCCAAAUACAGAUGUCACUGAAGGCAGACAUUGCUUGAAGACCCAGAAGAAUGUGAAGGGAGAUCUUGUCCUUGCUUUGGGCCCCGAAGCCACUCUGCCCCUGACAGGGAGUGUGUCUCAGAACUCACCCAGCAUUCUACGCAAGAUCCUGAUGAAGAACAAAUGGAGUGGAGAGUAUGUGGGAGCCACAAACAGCGCUUUCGAAUCCGACUGAGAGAAGUGUGCUGGAAGCAUGUCUGUAAUUAUAGGGGAGCGUGAGGAAGGAAGGAAGUGAAGUAGUAGUUAUAUUAAGCAAUGACUCAAAGCAAGGCCAUGCAAUGGACUUUCUCUCUGGCACAGAAGCAGUGUUUUGCUCAUACUUAACUGUUAUACAUUCCUACUGCCCAGGAGAGUUUCUGAAGAUUGAUCUAAUGCUACAAGAAAGGGACCUUUUUAAGCUCUGCUAACAUUAAUAUAAGAGUUACUCAUUUAAGUUAUAUGUAGUAUCUAUUGAAUUGCUCUGAAUAGCAACAAAAUUAGUUCUGACUAGUUUUAUAUACUGUUGUUUUUUGCUGAAAUAAUCCAGAUUAGGCCUUUCUGAGUAUAAGUAACUGUAAUGUUGUCUCAGUUAUUUAUUUUUUUCUUUUGAAAUUGCCAACUGUUCCUAUGCCUUUUACAAUGU